CUAAUAUUGUUUACGUAGCAUAACUGUCUCAACUAACUAUUCUCUCAAGAUGUAGUAGUGGUAUCAGAGCUUCACGGCGAUCAUCAGCUAUGGCCACCGGAAGUAGUAGUACUAUGCUCGGAAAUCUGCCUAUUCUUGAUUCCAAGAAUCUGGAUGGAUAUGAACGAUGGAGUGUCAAGAUGAAGACUAUCUUUGGCUUUCAAGAAGUACUGGAUAUUGUCUCAAGUGGCAUACCAGCUGUGGCGGAGGGCAUGACAGAAGCUCAGCGUACUCAGGCUCGUGAGGCGAACAAGAAGGACUGUAAAGCUUUAUUCUAUAUUCAUCAAUGCGUUGAUGAUGCCAAUUUUGAGAAAAUUGCAUCCGCCACCACUGCGAAGGAGGCUUGGGAGAUUCUUGAAGCCAGCUACGCCGGAAUUACAAAGUUGAAGACUGCACGCCUUCAGACUUUAAGGAGACAGUAUGAGUUAAUCAAUAUGGAGGAACAAGAAUCAAUAGCUACAUAUUUUAAUAGCAUUCUACAGAUUACCAAUUUGAUGAAAUCGUGUGGGGAAACUCUGAAGCCGAAAUCCAUCACCGAAAAAAUCUUGAGAACUCUAACCCCUAAAUUUGAUAUCAUUGCGGUUUCAAUAGAAGACAAUCGUGACCUAGACACCUUAAAGAUUGAGGAACUUCAAGGUACUCUAGAAGCACGUGAGUAGAGAUUGAAAGAAAGAGAAACCACCAAGCAGCCCACUGAACAAGCUCUAUUAACUCAAACCCCCAAGAAUCAAGAAGCCUGGAGAGGCAGGGGGUAGAAGAGGAGGUGGACGAGGCAGACGAGGUGGAAGAGGCCAAAAUACAUAUGGGAGAGGUCAAAAUUCUAAUCAGUCUGGAGGACAAGUUAGAGGAGGACGUGGUGGUCCUUACAGAGGAAAUCAAGGUGGUACACGAGGAGGAAAUCCACACAAUAGAGGAGGAGGAAGGUCUAACUUCACCUCAGGUUCCACACCAAAGAAUGGAGGUAAUAGAGGUAAUGUUCAGUGCUUUGUAUGCAGUAAAUAUGGACAUUAUUCAUAUGAGUGUUGGUAUAGGGAUACCACUAAAAAUAAACCAGAAGAAGCAUUGGCCACUCAAAAUGAUAGCAAUGAAGAAGAAGAAGAAGUUCUGUUAAUGACCACCACCGUUACAGAUAUGGACUUAAAUCGAGAGAAUACCUGGUACCUUGAUACAGGGUGCUCAAAUCACAUGUGUCGCAGAAGGAGUUGGCUUACUGAGUUUGAUGAGAAUGCAGUGAAUGUAGUGAGAUUUGCAGAUAACAGUAUAGUCAGAUAUGAAGGAAAGGGAAAUAUCGUAUUGACUUGUAAAAAUGGGAAACAGGCUACGAUUUCUGAUGUCCUGUAUGUCCCAAAAAUGAAGUACAACCUACUGAGUGUAGGUCAGCUACUUGAGAAAGGCUAUUCUGCAUGUAUGAAGGAUGGCUUUAUGAAAAUAUUUGACAAAAGUGAUGUUCUGAUCUUGAAUGCUCCUUUGUCAUCAAAUAGGACUUUCAAGAUUCAGAUGAAUGUGAAUCAAACCAUGUGCUUCAAGUCUGGUAUACAAGCUGAGAGCUGGCAGUGGCAAUACAGGCUUGGACAUCUAAACUGCAAGAGUAUUCAAAAGUUGGUAGGAAUGAAAAUGGUGAAUGGACUGUCAACAGUAUCAUGUGGGGACAAACUAUGUGAGUACUGUGUGACUUGGAAGCAUACAAGGAAGUCCUUCAAGUCCUGGAUUCCUUCAAGGAGUUCUGGUGUACAUCAAAUGGUAUACUCAGACGUAUGUGGCCCAUUUGAAGUACCAUCUAUCAGUGGCAACCUCUACUUUGUGUCAUUUACAGAUGACUACAGUAGAAAGAUGUGGAUUUAUCUCAUCAAAUACAAGUCAGAAGUCUUUUUCAGUUUUCAAGAGAUUUAAGAAAUUGGUUGAGAAACAGUGGCAAGGAGCUGAAAAUACUCAGGACAGAUGGAGGAGGUGAGUAUGUAAAUGGAGACUUCAAAGAGUUCUGCAACCAGGAAGGGAUUGUGCAUCAAGUGACGGCUCCCUACACACCCCAGCACAAUGGAGUAUCAGAAAGGAGAAACCGGACAAUGCUCAAUAUGGCAAGGAGUAUGUUUAAAACAAAAAAUAUGCCACAUGUUUACUGGGGUGCUGCAGUAACUACAGCUGCAUAUAUAUUGAAUAUAUGCCCUACCAAGAGACUGAAUGGAAUCACACCUGAGGAAGCUUGGUCUGGUAUAAAACCUACAGUGAGUCAUCUGAGGAUCUUUGGAUCUCUAUGCUACAGGCACAUACCAGAUGAAAAGAGAAGGAAGUUGAGUGACAAAAGUCAGAAACUGAUUCUAGUGGGAUAUGAUCCUACUGGAGCCUAUAAAUUGUUUGAUCCAGUUGAACAGAAGUGCAUAAUCAGCCGAGAUGUGAUUGUGGAUGAGACAGCCACCUGGAAUUGGGACAGUACUAAUGCCUCAAAUGGAAGGAGAAUGACCUUAAUUGGUAAUGAAUCUGAGGAAGAAGUGUCAGGGCUUAAUAUGGAAGAAACUUAUAUAAAUGAUGGUGAAAGGCUUGGUGGAACUGGUAUUGAAACAAGACCAACCAGAGAGAGGAGAACCUCAAGUAGACUCACUGACUAUGAGGUCUUUCCAGAUUCAGUCAUCACAGAUGAUGGUGAUCUGGUACAUCUUGCAUUCUUGGCCGAGACAGAACCUAUUGAACACUAUGAUGCAGUUAAGGAUCCUAAAUGGAUGAAGGCAAUGAAAGAAGAGUUGGCAUCUAUACAGAAGAAUGAUACAUGGGAAUUGGUUGAAUUGCCCAAGGGAAGGAAGCAUAUUGAUGUAAAGGGGGUAUUUAAACUAAAAAAGAAGCCAGAUGGGUCAGUUGCCAAGUAUAAAGCUCGCUUGGUGGUAAAGGGUUUUCUUCAGAAAAAAGGAUUAGACUAUGGUGAAGUCUUCUCCCCAGUUGCAAGAAAGGAAACAAUCAGAACAGUAUUAGGAAUUGCAAGCCUCAAGGAAUGGAAUCUACAUCAAAUGGAUGUAAAGUCAGCUUUCUUGAAUGGUUUUCUGAAAGAAGAAGUAUAUGUGUCACAACCACCAUGAUUUGAAGUUAAAGGUAAUGAAAAUAAGGUGUAUAGGCUGAAAAAGGCAUUAUAUGGACUGAAACAGGCUCCAAGGGUGUGGAAUAAGAGAAUAGACACAUUUCUUAUUCAAUUGGGGUUUAAAAGAUGCAGUGUAGAGCAUGGGGUGUAUAGCAGGUUGAAAGACAGUGAUACACUUAUCAUCUGUUUGUAUGUGGAUGAUUUACUUAUAACUGGAAGUAGUGAGAAGCAUAUUGAGGAAUUCAAAGAUCAAAUGAAGACUGAAUUUGAAAUGACAGACAUUGGGCAUUUGCAUUUCUUUCUUGGUAUGGAGUUUGUGAAAACCAGGGAAGGAUUUCUAAUACAUCAGAAGCAAUAUGCAGAGGAAGUACUCAAGAGAUUCAAGAUGAUGAAUUGUAACUCUGCAGUUACACCAUGUGAGACAAAUCUAAAGCUUGGAACAUGUGAAGAUAAGGCUUCAGUAGAUUCUACUCUAUUCAAGCAAAUAGUGUGAUGCUUGAGAUAUUUAUGUUCAAGUAGGCCAGAUAUUGCCUAUAGUGUUGGAUUGGUCAGCAGGUUUAUGGACUGUCCAAAGGUAUCUCACAUGGUAGCAGAAAAAAGAAUACUGAGGUAUGUUAAAGGUACCAUAGACUAUGGUAUCCUUUUGCCUAAUGUUGUACAUACAGAGCAAGGCAUAAUUAAUGGGUAUGCUGACUCAGAUUGGGCUGGAGACAUUGUGGAUAGGAAGAGCACUACUGGAUAUAUUUUCAUGAUUGGAGGUGCCCCAGUCUCAUGGUCUUCAAAGAAGCAACCUAUGGUGGCGUUGUCUUCUUGUGAAGCAGAAUACAUUGCAAGCUCAUAUGCAGCGUGUGAGGCAGUUUGGUUGCAGACUUUGUUGAAGGAAAUGCAAGUUGAAGUAAAUUGCAUUCCUAUACUGCACGUUGAUAAUAGCUCAGCUAUCAGCUUGGCAAGGAAUCCAGUAUCUCAUUCCAGGAGUAAACAUAUAGACACACGAUUUCAUUUCCUCAGAAAUCAAGUUAAUAGAGAAAGGUUGGAGCUAAGGCACUGCAGAACGCAUGAACAGCUGGAUGAUAUAUUGACUAAACCUUUGAAGAUUCAGGUGUUUCUAAACUUGAGAAGAUUGUUGAACAUUAUCUCCAGUGCUGAGUUUCAAGGGGGUGUGUUGAAGAAUGUGAACUCAGCCCAUCGGGCUAUAGAGUAGAUGUAGACUAGCCCGUGUCCAUAUGAUGUAAUAAGCCCAACUAUAUGUGUAUAAGUACAUAACAACUGUUCAUAAUAAGAGUGUGGCCUAAUAUUGUUUACG